AUGGGCAGCCGCUCUCUGGAGAAUGGCCAGAAUGCAGUCCAAGCAAUCCAGUCCUCGGAGGCCACCAAGGGCUCUCUGUCUAGCGUGCAGCUCGACGUCACAGACCCUACCUCAACUGCAUCUGCCGCAAAGCAAAUUGAAGCGCAGUUCGGCCGUGUCGACGUCCUGGUCAAUAAUGCCGGUGUCUUCUCACAAUCCCACGUAACCAAAACGGCAAUGGAGGAGACCUUUGCGGUCAACUCUAUCGGGCCUGCACUGGUGUCCGAGGUCUGUAAUCCCUUAUUGAUGAAGUCAGCUCGCCCGUACUCGAUUUUCAUCUCUAGUAUUCUGGGUUCGUUGUCCGAGGCGGCUGAUCCCUCGUCUUCGGUGCAUUAUUAUGACGGCGUCGCGUAUCGGAUGAGUAAGGCUGCUCUGGAUACGUUGGUUGUACAGCAGCAUAAGCAGUUUAGCCCCAAGGGGAUUAGGGUUUUUGCUGUGUGCCCGGGGUUGGUGAGGUCAAAUCUGAGAGGGAAGAGUGAGGAAGAUGUGUCCGCGGGAGGGAGGGCGGGCGAUCCCAUGGUUCCAGCGGAGAUGAUACUGGGGAUAAUUCAGGGGAAGCGAGAUGCUGAUGCAGGGAAGUUUUUGCGUGGUGACAUGUCUGGAAUCGGCUUCGGUUGCAGGAUUGGAGGAUAUCCUGAAUAUCAAGGAUGGUCACAAUUUGGAGCUGGUCAGCCUAAGCUGGAGAGGCAGACCAAAGCCGUUGGUCAUACACUUGAUACUCACAUGUUGAAGGCUGGCGAUAUGAACACGGAAGAUUUCAUGAACGUCUAG